CCACACACGUCACUUCAGGUUGCAAAGUGAAACUUUGAGAUACUGAAAGAAACAAGAUAGCCCGCUGAAAACUGAGCAACCAAGGAAGACACACAGUUCUCGAAGGACAUAGAAGAAGGCACAGAGAAGUUGUAAGACAUUGACGAAGGACAAACAACGAACAUGGAGAACAGGAGUGCUUCUGAAAACACUGAUCUACCGGCAAUGUCAGACGGUGAAAGUCAUUGUCAGAACUACAGACCAACAAGAUGUUGCAAGUCCUGCUCUCACAUCACAGACUCCUCCCACUGGGUGCUGAUGGAACCCUCGGUCUCCAUGGAGUCCAAAGUCGAAGUGUAUAAACACAGUUCUCCCUCUGGAAGUUUUGAGUGUGCUGUGUCUGGUUUGCGCUGGGUGUGCGCUGGUGAAGUCACUCUACAGUAUCACUUCUGUGACACGUAUGUUUUUACAGCAGAUCUUGCCAUGUUACAGUACACAACAAUGGGUCCUUUGAUGGACAUCAAAGUGCUGUCAGGUGAACUGCUGGAGGCUCAUCUGCCCCAUUUUGCCUGUCUGGAAGGCUCAGACUCUUCUCUCAGUGAUGCUGUGAGAGUUGUAAGUGGUGUGGACGACAAUUUAAUUCUAGAGACCGGCGAGCUGACUCGUUUCCAUGUGAAGCUCCUCAAGCCAUCUCUCUCACUGACAGAAGUCGUGGUGAAAACUGACAUCCAAAUCAAAACCCACCUGGAGGUGUUAAUUUACCGGACAAGAGUGAGACCCCUGGUCCUCUUUACGUACCUGGUGCCCUGGAGUGGCUCCAUGAUGCAGACUGUGAAGGACGACCUGCGGCAGCUGAAUGUCAGGAAGAUUGAAAAGCCCCAGCCUGAAAUUUCGCUUUGGGUCGACUCCAAAUUCAGCCUGAAGACGUCUUGCCACUCUGAGAUUAACCCGCACGAGUACACACUGAAUCUCGUCAGGCCGAACUUCUUUGAGGUUUACAUGAAAGAGCCAGAGGACUGUUUUGACUUGGAGUUGAUCAGUGGAGGGCAAUCCAUAUGGAAAGCUGAAGUGCGACGUGCAGACUAUGGCGAGGUUAAAAGAGUUGUGACGUACACCCCAAGCAAAACUCCAAGUCUGGACGAGGGGAGGAUGGCCAACCUGUCAAACAGAGAGCGACUCUCCUUUUUCCGGCCGGAUCUCAUCACAAGAACGUCGAGAGGCGCAUUCCUAGAUGAGAUGGAGGCGUUGGCGAAACACCAGCCCCCCGUGCUGAACAGCUAUGAGACCAAGCACCUUCUGGAGAAUGUCAGUGGACUGGAGGAACAGGUGACCUGCCUCCUGGACAUGGUGGACAGAAAGGGAAAUAUAGCGUCUGGCAUAAUGUUUGUCGUCCUUAAAGAGAAGGACUUUUACCUCUAUGAAGACAUUCUACUGAAUCUUCAAGCCAAUCUCCCAGAGAAUGCAAAGAAUGGAUGCAGCUGUAACAGCUUCCACUAUUUUGGGAGGGAUUUCCACAUGAGUGUGCAAUUUAUGCCCAUUCAUUCAGAAGACUGUUGGUGAGGUCAGACACUGGUGUUGAACAAGGCAGCUUGGCUUGCAGUCACUCUUCUAGUUAAUCCCAAAUGUCUUGGGCCAAAGUGUGAAGGUCCGCUUGUGCGGUUUGGCAGCAUGCUUCAGCCUGGCCCUCUCCUCCAACGCAAUCUACAUGAGCUUCCUUUCUUUAUCUGUGCCUGAAGUUAUCAGACAUUUCUGAAGAUUUCUUAGGCCUAAAGGACACUUCAAUGGAGACUAUUAGAAUUAGGAUGAUAAGUCUGAAUAUUUGUUGGACCAAACCAGGUGCUCCUUCAGCUGGCUGAGACGGGCAAAGCUCUUGGGGCAGAACGAGCAGACGUACACGCGCCGCUCCGCACACAGCGAGGAAGAGGAUGAGGUUGAUGAAGACC